UACCCGAUGCGUCAUUGUACCCCGUGCAGCUUGAUUCUUUUACACCGUGUUUCUGUCGACACACUACAUGAAUGGCGACGACAACGAUACUCUUCGCCAUCUUGGCAACUGCAUGGGGAGGACACGGAUCGAGCAUCCCGGAAACACGAAGUACUUCGUGCGCUGUCAACGACGCCUACGGGUUAACCAAGGCCUUCGUCGGCCUACAGAGGAUCAGAGAUGACGCGAGAUUUCCAGAUGGGUUUGCGGCUAUAUUCCACUGCGAGCCUGUAGGCCUAACGAACGGAGAUCCGGUACACAUGACCUGCGAGAAGGGAGAGUGGAUUAAGAACGGUACAAACGUAACGGUACCCACGCCCAUAUGCUCUCGUGCCAGAGUAGACGAUGUCCUCCUUCAUGUUCACGGUGACUUCGUAGUCGGUCCAGCUGGUGUGCUGUUCACGAAGCAGAGGACGUUCCUGAAUUUGACAUGCGAAAUUGAAGCGUCGUUGCGGAACAACAACACUACGUGGAAGUUGAAGAGCUACGUCACAAGCAACCCACGGACACAAACAGUACGAAUCAUCAAAGGUUCAAAAGUCUCUGUGUCGCUCAACGAUUCUGAGGUUGUGGAAUGCCAGUGCACGGCGUCUAAUCGAAAGAGGAAAAUCACAAUACAAGCAGGAGAUUAUCACUUCUGCACUGAGCCAGUACUGUACGGUGGGCUUCGAGUACUGAAAAGAAAUGCCACAACUAUGGAGUUCAUCUGCUUAGAUGAAGCGAAAUCGUACGGAGAAAUGACCAUUACAUGCUUGGAAUCUGGCCAGUGGGAUCGUUCGCCUCCAACGUGCCUCCAGACUGAGACCACCAGGACAUUGAUUGCUUCGUCAAAAGGUGGCCGCGAAAGGGUGACCUGUCCCGUCUACGCGUUUCACGAACAAGUUGCGCAGGGUGUUGUCAUCGACGCUCAACAGGAGAAUGUUCCAGAGGGUUCUGCUUUCAAGGCCCGAUGUGAUAACCCUGGUUUUGUUGUUGUCGGAGACACAGAAAUGGUAGCGUGUCAGAAGAAUGGAACAUGGAGUUUUGCGAAGAACCUGCAAUGUGUUAUAGGCUGUCACAACGUCACCGUCAAUGAUGAAUCACUGAUCAUCGAGGGAUUAAAACGCACGUACCUGUUCGGAGACUCCAUUACCUUCCAUUGCCCAGAAGGGCAGCGCUUGGAACCGCACGUCGAAAGGGUCAUCUGCAUUGAUUACGGCUGGUUACCAGACACAGUGCCAAAGUGUGUCGUAAAAGAAACGGACACCGAAAAAACCAAGCGAAUCAUGCAUUCGACCAAAGGGACAAGAAGGCCUAGAUAAUGUGACGACAGUCGUUUUCAUGAUGUGGAAACGAGUCCCAAGUGCAGAAACGUUCAAGGUUGUGGAUUCAGUGGCCACAAUGGCGUCCGUGGUCAUGUGUGUUCAAGGCGUCAACGUUCCAGACGCCCAGAACUGGCUUUAUGUUAAAUGGGAGCGGUGCUUCGACCAACGUCUGUUCUUUUUUACAUGACACGUGGUACCUCUUAUAUCAUACAGAACACAAAAAAUAUAGUUAGAAACACAGAGACAUAUAAAUACACGUACAUGAGGUGAAUAUGAGAUGUAGUACCUGGAGUGUUCGUCAGAUCUUGGUUAGUUCACUUGAAGAACGACGACACGAGGUUGCGGACUGUUGACUUUGCUGUGCGAAAGCUUUGUUUCAAUUGCCACUACACACUAAAAAACAAAACAAAAGAAAACGAAUAUUUAUAUAUAUGUCAUAUAAUAAAUCAACUUCGGUGAAAUACUCAGUGCACAAAUGACUACUGCUAGUAUAAAGGGGGGAAGAGUGUGUGAAGCACCCAGUAAAGCGCUUCCACCCGCGCCUCAUAGAGGGCGCCAUAGUCUCACGUUGUACAGAGCCGUAUAUUAAAAGGGAGUCUGGCCAUUAAUGGGUCAUGCCUAUACCUGAAGCUCCACCCACUUUUUCAGCUUUCUGACCAAUGGAGUCUUGAAAUAUGGGCGCUAUCAAUCAACCUAUCCUCACUAUUUGUCCACCUAUCCAACAUGGGCAGCGCCAUUUUGGGUGGCAAGUGGAUUGGAUGGGAUUGAAAUGGAUACUUCUCGCAAUCCGUAGAACUAGCGGAUUUUUGGUGCAAAUUUGAUGAGCGCCACCUAGGGAGCGUAAGGCACGUCGGGAGUUGUCGUCUGCUUCCGUCGUUGCACUACUGCCGGCAGAACCACCUGCUGGGACACAUUCUGUCGUCGGAAUGAUUUUUAAACAAAUCUACAUGAACAGUUGGAAUGUAAAAGGCAGGAAUGUUCAUAUCCAUGAAAUCCAGCAAUUAAAUAUAAGAUUGUACAGCACAGUGCCGUUUUUGUUAUGAUUUCGCUGUGAUCGCCGUGUUCACUAGGCCUAACAUCGGCGACAAAACGUAUUAUUUUCGAUUAGAUAUCGACGGAUGAGCGUAAGCUGAAACUUAUUUCCGAGAAACGUAUAUGACAAUGUGCAUUUGCAGCGUAAAAUCAGAGUAGCCUGUGAAAAAUUUUUGUCACGGAAUCCCCGCUUCACUGUGUUUGUUUUCGACGCCAUUUUGGGUGGCAGUAUGGUGUCAUGGCGACCCCCCUUGUAAAAAGCAAACCAAUGAGAGGAGCGAGACUGUGAUUGACAGGUCGAGCCUCUUUCUGUGACUCCUCCCAAUGGCCAGACUCCCUUUUAAUACACGGCUCUGACGUUGUAAUGUCGGUUGCGUCGGCGGAGAGCAUGCAUGGCAUGCAUGGGGAAGCGGAAAGAAUCCGUCGCUUUGAGCAUGCGCUCUGGCUACGGUCUCGCCUUGACUACAAAGCAAAACCGCAAAACAAUCAAGCCAUGUUGGUCGUCGAGUUGUGCGUUGUGCUGUUGUGCUAUGAGUUGUCCACUUGAGGGUUGAGCAUGUCUUUUCGUGUGUUGGUUGUUGUGCGAUGAGUUGUCCACUUGAGGGUUGAGCAGGUUUUUUUCGUGUGUUUCCUAAUCCGUGUGUGUGUCUUUUUUGUGCUCCUCAUACUCGAGGAGUAUGAUUCUUACAAGCCGACGCUGUCAUGCGUAUUUUUGUGUAGUUCGGAGACUGCUGCAUGAGCGCGAGAUCUACGAGGCCAUGUACCUAGCGCGUACACAGCGCGACGGAUUCGCGUUAAGCCAUAAUUUGUGUACUUUUUCGGCGUUGUGAAAUGUUGUCGUUGCAUUGUUACUAUAGUGACUACAAAGUUUCGGCUUACUGCGCAGUUUGGCGAUAAGGUGACAGUGGCACUGUAACGUCGGACUACGAGGCCGCCUCCAUGGUGGUUAUACCCACAGAGCUGUCGCUUGAAAAUCAUAGCUAAACAGCGUAGGAACAAGACGAAGGCACAGAACCGACAAAUACAAGCGCUGACUCCCAACUGAAAUUUUAUUUAGAAGAGCUCCAACAGGUACGUUAGUCAGACAUCACAGAACCUUGUUCACCGUCCGUUCCUUGUUCCGUUCCGCCAGUUCAUUGUCCGUUAGCAUAAUAGACGGGGUGCACGUCGAGCUCAAUUUACAGAUUUCUUGGGCCUCAAUGGUAAUAUGUCUCCCUAUCAGAUAAGGUAAGAUCAGCUAUCAGAGAAGCUUGGUUGGCGCCCCCAGGUGUCACACUGUUGGUCCAACCAUCCUCCCCUUUUGUUCUUGACUUUAUUAUGAUGUUCGCGUAGUCUGUCAUUAAGCCAACGCCCUGUCUGCCCUAUAUACUGCUUACCACAUGUGAGAGGAAUUUAAUAAAUGAUAUUCUUUUUGCACUC